AUGCAGCAGUCUCCUCCCACUAGCGAAGCACCGAAAUCGCCCCUGUUCGACUUACCGCUAGAGGUUCGACAUCAUACUUAUCGAACGUUAUGGGGAACAGCAACGCAUCUGUUUUUACUUAACGGCGAUUUGCAGAUCAUGGAGUGCCAAGGCGCAGAUGAUUCAUCCCAAUACCUCGCAGAUAAACCAGAGUAUGAGAAUCCUAGUGUUACAGUCAGCUAUCUAAUAUUUAAGUUAUAG